AUGUCGACACCGUAUCCAGAAUCCACCCCAACCGCCUACAAUACACCCACACCCACCGCGGCUCGGGCUCCAGCGCCGCAACCGCAGACCCCCGACCUCUCUCAGAUCGCAAGCACGUCCGGCCAGUCCCAGACGCAGCCUUCGUCCCGCCAGGCAGCAGAGGAAGCGCGGAAGGACAGGACACUGACCGAGUUCCUUCUCAUGUUGGAUGAAUAUGAGCCAUUGAUACCCAACGAGGUCACGGAUUACUAUCUACAGAGAGUAGGCUUUGAGUGUGAUGACGUGCGGUUAAAGCGACUCCUAUCGCUAGCAGCGCAGAAGUUCGUCUCGGAUAUCGCAGCGGAUGCGUACCAGCACGCACGGAUACGAGCCAACGCAGGGGGACGUGCUCGUACGAACCAGCCCUUGGGGCCCGCUUCGGCUAGGGCAAGUGCCCAUGCUUAG